CCCGCGGCGGGGCCGCUGCCCGCAGCCGGGGCUGAGCGAGCCGGGCCGGGCCGGGCCGGGCGGAGGCACUAUGCAGGCGCGGCGCUUGGCCAAGCGUUCCAGCAUGGGCAACCGCCGCCUGAGCGCGGGGCCGCCGGCCGCACAGGCGGACGGGGUCCGGCCCCCCAAGCCCGAAAGCGCCUGGAGGCCCCCCCGGCGGGAGGGCUCUGCCGCGGCGUUGGAGGAGGAGGACGAAGACGAGGACGUGGUGGUGGAGGUGGAAGAGGAAGAAGAGGAGGAGGAGGGCGGCCUGGGGAGCCCACCCCCGACUCUGACCGGCCACGGCAAGGGCUCCCUCCGGGGGAGCCUGAAGGCAGCCAGUAUCAAGCGUGAAAUGACCUUCCCUGCAUUUCAACAGGAGGAUGUAAAAAGCGACAUCAGUCAAAAACUGCCAGACCAACAGUUUCUCCUGUUCACCACAAAGGAGGAAGAUUUAAAAACAGCAGAGACCAAAAAAACAAACAGAGCUCAUGAGUAUGAAAAGGAAAACACUCGUUCUGUUUGUCUUCUGGAACAGAAGCGCAAGGUUGUUUCGUCAAAUAUUGAUGUGCCUCCAGCAAGAAAAUCUUCAGAAGAGCUGGACAUGGAUAAAGUAACAGCAGCCAUGGUUCUCACCAGUUUAUCCACCAGCCCUUUGGUCCGCAGCCCUCCUGUCCGACCCAACGAAUCUCUAAAUGGAUCUUGGAAAGAAGGAGGAUUUGUGCCUUCUAGUACCAGCAGCAGUGGAUACUGGAGCUGGAAUGCUCCCAGUGACCAGUCCAACCCAUCCACCCCAUCUCCACCUCUGUCAGCUGACAGCUUCAAAGCUUUUCGGACACCUUCCCAGCCAGAUGAUGGUAUUGAUGAUGCUGAAACAAGCAACCUUCUCUUUGAUGAACCUAUUCCUAGGAAGAGGAAGAACUCCAUGAAGGUUAUGUUCAAAUGCCUGUGGAAGAACUGUGGAAAAGUACUGAGCACAGCUGCAGGGAUUCAGAAACAUAUACGGACCGUUCACCUUGGACGUGUAGGAGAGUCUGACUACAGUGAUGGAGAGGAGGAUUUUUACUAUACAGAAAUCAGGCUCAACACAGACUCGGUAGCUGAUGGCUUAAGCAGUCUUUCCCCAGUCUCUCCAUCUUUAGCAUCUCCUCCUUCCUUUCCCACCCAAGAUGCAAUCCGUCCUGAAACUUCCUGUGCCAAAACCGAGACUAAAUUGAUGACACCUCUGAGCCGCUCAGCUCCUACCAACCUCUACCUCGUACACACGGACCACGCUUACCAGGCCACUCCUCCGGUCAACAUUCCAGGGUCAGCAAAAUUCACUCCCAAUGGCAGUAGCUUUAGCAUCUCUUGGCAGUCACCUCCAGUUACCUUCACCGGCAUUCCAGUUUCACCAACUCAUAAUCGUCCUGCAGGGAGUGGAGAGCAGAAACAGUCCCACACGGUUCUUUCAUCACCGCCUAGAGUAGCGUUUGGCUUGAGGAAGCCUAGAGGGGAGGGGAAAAAGUGUCGGAAGGUCUAUGGGAUGGAGAACAGAGAUAUGUGGUGUACUGCCUGCCGAUGGAAGAAAGCCUGCCAAAGGUUCAUCGACUAAAGAUUGAAAUCAUACAGAGGAUUUGGGGCUUGGGGGAGAACAACAGAAGAACCAGAUUGCUGCAGUUGCACUGUAUCACUUCCCUUUUUGCCUCCAAUGAUGUGACGUUGGGGGAUUUGGUUUUUUUGGAGUGUUUUGUUUUUUUAAAGAGCUUUGUAUUUCAAAGUGAAGCACUUGUAGCCAAGGAGGAGCACUAAUCAAAACCUGUGUGGAGCAAUAGAGGAAAAAAAUAAAAGGAAAAAAAAAAAGCAAAACCAAGAACAUACAACAAAAUACUGUCUUACUAAGUAUGGAAACCAGAGCAGCUAUUAGUGUUUUUCUGUAAAAGAAAGGAAAAAGUUAAUUUUUUUGCUAACUCUGUGAGCUACUUGCUCCUUAGGAUCAUUUUUAACCAUUUCAUCUCUUUGCUGUGAACGUCUGUAUUUGCAAAACUGAACGUUUUUUCUUUUCCUGAAACGAAGAUCUCUUUUUGAAAGCUUUCUAAUAAACACUUCAGAGUUGUAUAAGCUACAGUUUUCUCAACAAAAGCUGUACUGAGACUGGAGACUGCUAAAUAACUCUCCUGAUACGAAUGAUCAUAUUAUAUUUUUGGAAAUGAGAUGUGGGGAGGAGUUGGGAUUUUUGGUUGUUUGUUUGUUUAUAGGAGAAGAGCAAAGCCUGAAUUUGCAAGAAGGACAAGCAGUGCUCCUGGAAGAUUUUUAAACCAGGCACAGAUCAGUGGAGUGGAACAAAGCAAUUUAAGUACCAAAUUGGAUUUUGAUCCUCCAGAGGAAGAAAAGCGGCAAUGGAAAGUCACCAGCAGAUAUUGCCAGAAUGAGACAUCGAGGGAAGAAAUCCAGCGAUGCUUAAUUGAAACCCCUAAGAAUAUAAGGGGGUCCAGUAGCUUUUCUUGCUGCUCUCCUGUUUCUGAGGGAGGAUGAACAGUUAGACCAGCACAUCUGCUGCUGUGGGAGGCCUAUAACGAACUGGUAAAUGCAGCCACUAGGAUUGUAUCUAAUACCUUAUUCAGGGACAUGAUCCAGCCCAGCAGUUCUGCUCUUGCUUCCUUUUCUCUUAUUUAAGAGGUUGUUAAGGUUAUGGUUUGUUCCACCUUUUUUUUUCCCUCAUUAAAGUUGCUGAGAUGUGAUGCAAAAAAUUGGUAGAGAAAAAGAAAAUAUCCACUUUCCACAACAUCACCUUAGAAAAAGAAGUACAGCAGCAAAGGAGCAUCGUUUUUAUGGUAAAAUCUAUUUCUUAACUCAUUUUGAUAGACAUUAACAAGUUUCUAUACUUGCAGUACUUGGAUAGAUUCGGGUUCUUUAGUUUCUCUGUCUAUUAGAAAAUACACACCAGAAUGCGACAAGUUGGUGUUCUGCUUGACUUGUAUCAAACUACCAUUAAUUAACAAUUAUUUCAUUACAAAAAUAAAGUAAGGAUUUGCUAGGAUAUGAAUGUAUACAGUUAAACUACACUUGCCUGUUAAACAAAACAAGACUUCUUAAGAAAAUCAAACAGAAACACAGAAGCAAAACUUUCCCUAUUAAUAGAGGCGCAGAGGCCCAUGAAUUCCUGGGUUGUUUUUCUUCAUAGCAUUUGACAUGAGACAAGAUUUCUUUAUUUGUUUUCUUCUUUUUUGUUUAAUUGUCUAAGCUGGUUCAUUCUCACUGAAAUAAGGAGACUCUAGGUAUCUAAACAGCUUUCUAAAAUCUGAUCCAAACUUCACUUGAUAGCUUUAUUAAAUGUGCAGCACUGCUCAUGUCAACCUAAAAGCACAAAAUAACAGUGCAGUCGUUAAGAAUAUAUGCUAUGAAGUAAAAUGUACUGUAUGAGCUCCCAAAGGUUGUAAUUUGACUUCCUUUGAACAAGUUAACUGUGCAAUGAGGCGCCUAAUUGGAGCAUGCUCUUUCUGUGGCUGUUUACAAAUGGCAUCAUUUCCACGCACAGGCAGCUUGGCAUGCUCACAUGCAGGGAGGCACUUACUGGAUUCUUUUGCCCAAUUGCAUUCUCCCAGUCAUUUAAACAAAAAUCAAAGAAAACAGACUCUGAAAUCUAGUAAGAUCCUGAAAUAGAUACACAUGAGUGUGUUUAUUAACAUUUAUAUAGAGAUAUGUUAAACUUUAUAUUAUAUAGUCUUGUAUAUCUCUAUAUAAAGUCUGUGAUCACCACAGAGGAGAAAGAUUGUUUUCUUUAGACAUAUAAAAAACAGGACAGUAAAGGUCAGUGGACAUAUGUAGCCACUGUAUUAUCUUCUUUCCUCUUAGUAAAUUGUGGGACACGUGUUUUCUUUGAGUGUUGUCUUUUUUAAUUUUCUUUAGUAAAAUACCUCAUAGUAACUCACAGUCAUUUCAUCUUCAGACACUGAGCUUUUUGAUGAUGUAGUUACUUUGGUAGAAUUUUUAAAAUUUGAGACUUUUCCAAGAUACUGCUGCCAACUUGCCCCCCCCCCCCCCCUUUUUACAGGCACUCCAAGACUAAUUAUACAGCGUUCCAUAAUUAAUUUGACUAUUGCUAGACUGACAGUAUUUGCCUGUAUAUUUGUGUUCCCUUCCUUUUAUGUUUUCCCUUUUUGCUUUGGAGGAUUUUUUUUUUAAUAAUGUAUCAGAUUGUAUAUUGUUUCUAUAAUAUCGUGGCAUUGUGAGCACCUUCCCUGAGGGCACUUUACGAAUUACUGUAGUAAGUUUAUUGUUUAUAAAUAUCUGGAUGGAAGAAUGGUUUUGUCGCCAGACCAGAUUGCCCUCUGGUACAAAUUUGAUGUGGAAUUACAUACGGGCACAAAAGCCACAGAUCAUCAAAACAGGAGAGAAAGUUGGUGUUAACAGAACAGAGAACAGAAGAUACUUGGUAAAUCCUGCAGGACAAAGAUAAAUUACCAGUAUUUUUACCUUUAAUCAGCAGUUGAUAUUAAAUCAGUUUUGCAUCUUAUGGCUGUGGCAUUUUGAUUGAAAACCAGGCACUCCCUGCGUUACCAUGUCUGAGCCACAGCCAACGAUGGCCGGGCAGCACGGCCCUCAGGGCCUCUCACCACUUGCUUCAUGCUUUGAACUCAGUUGACUUCAAGUCACGCAAGCACUUUGGGGCCUGACAAGAUCCCCUUCACCCUCCUGCACAUCCAACAAGAACCAAAAUGUCCCUGCACUGGCAGUACUGAGCGUAAGCUGGAAUAACCUCUUUUGUUUCUUGGUCUGUUGCUUGGGUGUCGCUUUAAGCUGCAUUGCUGUCCUGCUGACACACGCUUCAUCUCACACUUCUGCACCAUCUCACACUUCUGCACCAGUCUCUCAGAAAGAGUCAGAUUUUGUUGUUUUCCCAUGGAAGAGCAGCCUGAAUGCGGUGGUCAUUUAUCAUCACUAGUAAUGCCAUUUCCCUUGUUUUGGGUUUCUCUUCAGGAGGUCAGUCAUUGUCUCUGACCACCUGGAAAAACCAGAACAGCCUGAGUGCAUCGCGCCAUCUCUGUACGCCUCAGCGAUUUGGACGUGGCUUCAUUUAUGUCAAGAGCCAGAACUUCCCCGAGAUAUAAAAAUGGAUCUAUUUUAUUGUGUUUACCACUUAGUAAUGUGUACUUACCACUCAUUUUAUUGUGUUUAACCACUUAGUAGUAUUGAUGCUGGUAAGAGAAAUUGGUAACACAAAGUGUCAGAUUGGAGAUCAACUGUAUAAAUCCCAAAUGUGUUUCUUCAGGAGUUUUCUUGCUAUAACAAACAUUAUCCCACCCUUGAAAAGGUCUGGAAAAGGAGAUCAUUUUAGAGGUGGGAGAUUGGAAUGCCCAUUUAAAAAAAAUGUGAUUCUGCACCAACUAUUCCUGUAUGCAGCUACUUGACCUUACAAACUCAGAUCAUCUUAGUCAUAAAAUGAUUUCCACCUAAAACAAUGUGCCUGAUUCUCUAGUGCCUUGCACAAAUGUAACGGGAUACACAAGAUGCAAAGUCAGCAAAAACUCUUCCAUGCCAAUUUCCAGGUGUACACUUAUUUAACCAGUACCAGUCAUCAGCUAGCAGGUAUCUGUUGUCAUGUAAGCCAGACCUGUGAGCCCUGCUUGUGUGAAUUGAAUAGGCUGAGCAGAAUGCCUGUCCUUUGAAUUACUUUUUGCAGAUCAUUAGCCUGGUAUGAAUGGUAGCUAGCUAAUGAUCUGUAGAUUUUUUGCACUGAUUCACUAUCACUGACAUCACUUUCUUCAUUCCUUCUCCCCUUCAUUUUUAAUGAUAUGACUAGGUAGGCAAUGUAACAGGAGGCACAGCUUUAACCAAAACUUCUUGUGGAACCUGCACGUAAGAACAGAUUCCAGCUCCAUGCGAUAUCCCAGAUGUCCUUGUCACUGACCUUUUUUUUUUCUUCAUUCAUUCUGAUACAGUGAAUCGGGAUGGUUUUCUAUUUCUUGCUGUGGUCUGGGACCAGCUAGACUAGCCCUGCCAAGAAUUCAGGACAAUCUCUGUAAUUCUGGCAAUACAAAGUGAUUCCUUGUCUUCCCGUGCUUGUAAAUAUGUUGAAGCACCAUCUUGGAAACGGGGCAGGAAAUUAGAAGCUUGGUAGCCAUGGGCAGUAAUGUAAGAGGUUGCCAGUGAGGCUUGCUUCUGCUGCUUCAAAUUUCAGUCGUCUGUAAGGAAAGAGUUGUGCUGUGCCUUCCCUUAGAAAUAUUUUAAUCUGCAAGCAUUUGCAGAGUCUCAUCUUGGUUUCAUAUUUACACUUCAUUCAAUCUUGCUGUAAGGUGGUAGGACUGGAACUGAGGCCUGUAUGGAGUAUGGGGUUUCGUCUGCGUUUCUCAGGAUUUUUCAGGUAGAUAACUGCGCUGCUGCAAAGCAUCCUAUCAUAGGUUUUUGUUCUAGUAUAAGUUCAAGAGAGUUCUAGGGCACCUAGGUAGGUAGAAAGUGAGUCAUGAGCAGAAAUUAAUCAAGCUGAGGAUUUAUACAUCCUGUGUCUGCAUCGAUGUGGAGCCUGAAAAGCUUUAAGAUGGCAAAAGGCCAAUGUGUAGUUGAUAGUGCCCCCUUGAACUGUUUUUUUCCAUCUAGACUGAAGUGCUUUCACACUGACCAUACCCUCACUUCUACCCAAAUGCAAAAUUAAAGAAGAUGUGUCUCUUCACUUACAACUUGUGGAGUUUAUUCCUCAGUAUGAAAAAACACUAAUCACGUGCUUUGUGCUUCACACAGACCAUUUUUAAUAGCAGUCCAGAAGACCCUGAAAACACAAAUCAGUCUGUUUCUGAGGCACCAAGCAAGAUAAAAUAUGGUUUGCUCCUGUGCUUGCUCAUACUCACAGCAAGGGUUCAUUUGGCUAGUCAGCUGAUGAAAUGUAAGAGAUUAGCUAAAUUUAGUAACAAGGCAGCAUUCUGCUGGUUUUUCAACACGUCUGAACACCAAGAAUUUUUUUUCCUUCUGUGUUUGAAUGUGAAUGUGACAUCUCUAAAAUACCCUUGAGAGAAAUUAAUUUUAGCAGUACAAAUGCUGUGUCAGCUUUCCUAUUACUCGGGCAUAUAAACAAUAUUAUAUUAACGAGAUAGGGAUUCAGUAUUGAAUACGAAUUCUUGAUAUAAUUCAUUGCUAAAGAUGGACUUGAACAUUUUAAAAUGUUUGAAUGUUAGUGUUUACUAAUUUGCCAGUCCUCUUUAAAAAUUCAGGUCUGACUUUGGAGUCUUUAUUUUACUGUGUUAUACCCUGCAGCAAUUAGUAUAUGAUGUGUAAUGGUCAGAUAGACAAAAGUUACUGAAAUGUUUGUAAAAAGCUGCCUUGGGAAGAUGGGGGGCAGGGGAGAGACAAAAAAAAAAAGUAAGACAGAAUUCCUCAGGGAACAUAAGGGCACUGUAAAGGCAGGAUAUAGGUUUAUUCAAAUGAAAGAUGGCUAAGAGGGAUUUUUUCUAUUCUAGGCAAAUUUUUAAAAAGCAAUAUGUCACUACUUAAAUUGUUAAAAUUAGAACAAAGUACUAAUUAGUGAAUGUGGUCUUACUUAAUGCUAUAGAUAAUAAGUUCCAAAUAGGGAAAAAAAGAUGAUAGAAAAAUAUAGAAGAUUACCUUGAACCAUAACCUAAUUAUAAUGUAAAUCUAUACAUGUCUAUAAAUCUUUCCAAGAUGUGGUGUAGAUAGAAAGGUUUCUUGUUUAUAUAGUUGCUUGGUCAAAGCAUACUUUGACUGUAAUUGGAUUACCAAAUUACUUCAGCAAGCAAAAAAAUAAUAUGUUGCUGUGAUAUCCAGGAGGUGUUGAAUACUCCACUUUUCAAGGGCUAAUUCUACACGAAAUUAAAAGAAAACAUGUCACAGCUUUUUUUUUUUUUUGCUUCAUGUCUGCAGCUUCGUUAAGCCCAAGGUUUUACUGAACUACUAGUAUUAUAUACUACUAGUAUACUGAACUUAACUAGUGUUUUGAAGGAAUACAUGGGCAAAUGCUCAAUUUUUUCUUUAUUUGUACAAAAAAAAUUGGUUUUGGUAUGUAAUAGUUUUUACUUUCCACUUUUUUCCUGUGUCCAGGGACUCCGUUCUGCAAAUUCCUAUGUACUAGGACCUAAAAAUGUAAACAGCACCUGGCAUCAGAAUUUUUAGUAUCUGUACUAAUUAAUUCUAACAGCGAUGACAACAAAUCUUUCAGGGAAGGAGUACAGGUAAUCUGUAGCACAGCAGCUUUGGCUGGGCAGAGGUAGAACUGCUAGUGUGCCAAUAAUGACACACAGGCUCAUUUUCAUUAGAGCACUCACCUACGUGUUGAGCUGCAUUUGCAGAGUUUUGUCAAUGAGACUGUCCAUGUUUUUAAAGUUUGGCACACAUUACAGCCUCCUGAAACCAGACCUUGGCAAGGGCAGAUACUCUUAGAGCACUGUUUGGAAUAUGCACUUUGUAAGACAAUCUAGCCUUUUUCUGAUUUUAUGCAAUGUAUCUUGGAAUUAGAAAACCAGGCAAAUUUAGAGAAUUAUUUUUUAGAUAUUUUUUACAUUGCAAAGAGAAGGUGAGAAGACAAGUUUAACUGUGUGAAGGCAUUGCUUAGGUUUGUAAAAGGUGUCUGUUUGCCAUUGAGCUCAAAGGAGCUUAUUUGAGCACAUCAGCAAGAAAACACAUGAUGAGCAGGUCGUGUCAUAUAAUGUGUGGAGUUCUGUGUGCAUUCCCUGUACACUCAAUGCUCCUCUGGGCACCUGGAGGCAUAAGAGCUCCAAGUGUGCAAGGAAAUAAAGAUCUAAAACCUUUAGCAUUGCUAUGCUCUUAAGCCACAAAUGAUGUUGUCUAUGUGUAAUUUUUAGUGUUAAAGAAAAUAGACAGUAGCCUUAUUAACAAGGUGCAAUACUUACAAAAGGGCUAAAUCAUGGAAACAAGUGAUGUGUGUUCGUUUGUACAUCACUGUGAAAUGUGCACUCUUUUAAAACUGACUCAUAUGGCACUGGGAUCUUAUUACCUCUCUUGAAAUGAUAAUGUCAGUAUAAUUUUAGUGAAAAUGGGAUUUGGGAUUUCCUAAGAACCAAAAGGAGGAGAGGAGGAAUUGUAAAUCACAUAGAAUAGUAGUAUGUUGGUUUAUGUGGCAGAAGUAACUUAAAACACCCUCACAAAGCCAUAAAAAUUCUGGAUUUCUGAAAGAAAUAAUAUCUUGCCCUUGGUUACACACGAAGUUUGAUCUGAAGUUUCCCGGGAUGUCAUGAAAAUGUCUGCUUUAGUGCUUGCUUUUGUCUCUUACAUUUCAUUACUGGGUUUUAUUUGUUUGCAUUCUGAUUGCAAAGACAUUCCUAAAUUACCAGUACUUGGGUUGAAAUUAUAUUCUUUCAAAAAUAGCUUUUAAAAUGGAGACAUUUCUUCAUCAUGCUGUACCAACUGAAUGAGGUCAUACAACAUGAUCGGCUCUUACAUGGAGAGUUCAUGCAAGCAGAAGGUUAAAUAGGAAAAGAUUACGUUGAGAGUUUGUUGUUCACUUAACGAAACCAGUCUGAACAAUCAGGCUAAAAGCUCUGCUCACAUAUUUCUUCUGUCUGCAUCAUGAGGUCAACAAAAUGCAGGUUACCACAUAUGGUGUAUCUUGGUACCUUACACCUUUUUUGUUGUUGUUGUUAAAUAAUAACAUUCACACUAUUUUCCCAUCUGUCUUAAUAGUUUUAUCUUAUGCUUAGAGCCCAGAAUUAAGUGAAAGACAGAAAUACUUAGAUCUGUUAACGGAAGGCUAAGUGGUCAUUUCCAUGUUUGACUGACCUCUAGCCAAGGGCCAAAAGACACACUCACAUUUAGAGUCAUGAGUCGAAAGAGGCUUGAGCCAGUCAGAUAAGACCCGAAAUGAAAUUGUACACAAUUGGAUCCCAGUAAGAGGAAACCAGUCUUAAGCAGUCAGUUACAGAAGUGGGGUUUUUUUAUUAUUAUUAUUAUUAUUAUUACAAGCCUGAUAAAAACUUUUUGUCCACAAUUAAAACCAGAAUGCAGAUAGCAUUGUAACAGGCUGAGCCCUCAAAGCAUUGCAGGUUUUCACAGGAGAGUUGCAACUAUUGCCAUGAAAAAAUGCAUUGAGCAGGGUUGCUCACACUGGUGGUGGCUGCAGAACGAAGGCUCUUGGGUUUGUGACUAUUGCUGCUGUACUUGGGAGCGUGAAGUUGUGUAUCUCCCUUUCUGAGUUCUUGGGAAGCCAGUUUUGCUGUUGGGCUUUGUGAGAGGGGUAGAUGCAAAGUGAGGCACAGCUGCGUGGCUGCUGGAAGGUGUCGGCUCAGUGUCAGUAAUACCCAAGUGGCAGUACCUCAGAUGUGUCACUUAGGGACACACGGUAUUCAGCUUGUAAUCCAUCCUACUGACACCAGGCCCGGGGAGAAGGAGGUUUCUCAGAAUGGGGUCCAAGAUAGCCAACCUGUUAAUGUGCAGUCAGCUGGAGCAAGUGCCUCAUUUGCUGUGUCCAGGUUGAGGGAGGUGGUUAUCUGCAUUCAUUCCUGACAGUACAAACAAUGCUUUUGAAGGGUAUUCUUUCUUUCAGAGAUUAAAAUAAAGCUGGUGGAGAACUUUGACAUUACAGAAGGUCACUGAAAAAAUGACAGGAUUGUCAGAGCUGAAAUCAGAAGUCGUGGUUUUCCUCCUCUCAGAGCCCUAAAACCAGGCCCAUGUGAAUUUGACUUCCAGGUAGAGGAGGCUUUUUCCAGCUCUUUCCCAACUCUCCUGCUUCUUAAGUGAGAGUUUUAUUAGUAGACUUCGAUAAAGGGAGCAUUGCCCCAUCACUUCCCAGUGGCAUUUCUAACGUGGCACCAGCCACCCUGAAUUUGCAAGGAACCAGAUGUCCUCUCUGUUAGUCACAGGCUUUUGGGAGUAUUGUUUUAGACUUAGAUUUCUACAUUUCACCUAACACUGUAGUUCCACAGGAGGUUAAAUGGGCAUAAACUUAUGCUGCUGUCAUAAAAACUGUUCCUGUCCCCUAGCAGAGGCAUUCCUAGAGAGAAAUAUCCCAGGUUAUGCUGGAUUGAUCCACUCCUAAAAGCGGAGGGCUGUAUAAAAUUCCUAAAGGCUAGAUCAGUGUAGGGCUUUCUGGGUUUGUACUUCUGCUUUUCAUAUAGCAGGCAUGAGAACAGAGCCUUUAUCCCAUCCUGUCUUGGCUGGGAUCUUGUUAAGUGCCUGGAAUUGCAUGCAGACAGCUAGCUCAAGAGACCCCCACUCAUGGCUGGUUGCUUAGCACUCCUACACCACCAUUAAAACAGCAUUGAUUAUGAAAUGGAAUGGAGUCUAUAGUGGAAAAAAGAGGAGUUAGAUCAAUAUUCCUACAGGCAAUGAAUCUUAAGACUACAUCUUAACUGUGCCGUGGUUUUGCUAAGCAGGUAUUGGGGACAUAAAGGGAUGUGCAGAGGAGCCUGUUCAAUGUGACUCGGGGUGAUCUCGGGCCAUGCAACAUUCACUGAGGGGUGGGGAGAUGUGAUCCCUGCAUGACAUCUCAGGGCCACAGAAAACCAGGCUGUACUUCCUCUCCAGGGAUGGCAGCAAAUUGGAGAGACCCUCAGCUGCUUUGCUAGUGCAGUUCUUCAGCCUGUUUUUGUUAUAGCAUCCGUUUGUAGCAAUGGGAGCACCAGGGAGCAGGUGAGAGUUUGGCGGGUGAUGGAAGGAAGGAAGGAAACUGUCAUCACCCAUCCCACUACAGGGCUCUGAAAAAAGUAAUUAUGUUUUCUUGUCAUCUAGUACUCAUAUACUAUUUUGUAUAAGAAAAGUAUUUCCAUCACAGAAGGGGGUGAAUUUAGCAUAAGUUAAGCAGCUGUAGGGAAGCAAAGGCCCAAUUGCCUAGUUUUUAUGAAUGUGGGAUUUCUAAUACACUCUGCUUGCAUAAGACUGCAGUAUUUAGCUCCAUGCAUCCUUUUGUCAUGCUUCAGUCACAACAGGGAAAUAUGUGCUCACAUUUCUUGUUCUUGCUUUGUUUUCUAUCAAGUACUGGUUUGGGAAAUACAAAGUAGAUUCAAAUUCUUUUUUCCUGAAUUAUUAUUUUUGGAACCAGAGCAUUUCCACAGAACUCAGUGAAUUUCAGUUUGCUCUGCAUUGCACUUUAUGUAUCUUUUCAUUCGUUGGGCCAUGUAUACAAAACAAUAAAGGUUUUGUUAAUUUAGUUUUAACUAGAAAAUAACCAUGAAGCUAAGAUGUUCUUGUAAAAAUGCAAGAUCCAUAAAUACAGCAAUUAAACUAUUUAGGUUAGAGACGUUUUCAAUGAUACAUUGAGACACAUUACAGCUUUUGAAAUUAGUGUUUAGUAAAUUCAAUACAUUAAUGGAUAGGAUGGUUUGAAAUGGAAUGUGGAUGGAUAAGCAGGAGACAAAGUUCUAGACACUGGAUUUACUUUUGUAUAAAACCUACCUUAGUUUAAUUGACAUGGGUCUUCAAAAAAUUAGUCUGAACUAGUUUGAAAAAGUAGAAAGCUAUUUAAUAAACCAGGUUAAAAUGGGAAGAGCUCACCGAGAAGCUUAACUGAAUUACCAAAGACAUUUUUUCAAGAGAGUUCUUUAGUACGGUGAUUCAGUGCUCGGUGUGUGGGUUUGUGUUCUGCUUUAAACAGUAGCUUUCCAAACUCUUGUGCUUACAGGCCCACUUCUGGGUUGACAGUGCCAUUUCCAUUUAUUUUUUUCUUGUCUUCAGCCUCUCUUAAUUUUGAGACCUAGUGUCCAAAAGACAAUUGUCUUGUUCCUAAAUGAGCUAAUGAAGAACUUGUCUUCCCUCUUGUUUUGGUGUUAAAGUUGCAGCCCUAAUACUAUUCCAUGUAGUUUAGUUUAAGAAUUUUUAGAUACCAGUUUCAAUGCUUUAAACAGAGAACAGCUUCUUACCCCAGCACAGAACUCCUUCAAACCUUAUGGAGUACAUUGAAAAAUAAAGACCUUUUCUACUUUUACUUUGUUCAAACUCUUUAUUCCAAAUCACACCUAGAAAAGUCGAAGUCUGCAGUUGCUGGGAGAGAAAGCACAUAGCAGUAAAGGAGAGGGAGAGAUGGUGAUGCUUUCGUUUUCUUCCCAGGCUGGAUCCUCCCUGGGCUUCCCUCUCCCAGGCUGAUGAGCACGUAUGUGCACAAACCACACACAGCUCUGAAGUCCUUGACACCAGUAUGUGAAAUCCCUGCAAAAUUGCUUUGUCGGUCACUUCCUAGAGUCCCCACUUCCUUCUAAGAGACUUCCAGACAUUCAUAGAAUCAUAGAAUCUUAGAAUGGUAGGGUUGGAAGGGACCUUUAGAGAUCAUCUAGUCCAAGCCCCCUGCAGAAGCAGGUUCACCUAGAUCAGGCCGCAUAGGAACAUGUCCAGGUGGGUCUUGAAGACCUGCAAGGAAGCAGACUCCACAACCCCUCUGGGCAGCCUGUGCCACUGCUCCGUCACCCUCACAGUGAAAUAGUUUUUUCUUAUGUUUAAGUGGAACUUUUUGUGUUCCAGCUUCAUCCCAUUACCCCUUGUCCUGUUGCUAGAUACUAUAGAAAAAAGGGAUGUCCCAACCUCCUGACGUCUACCCUUUAGAUGGGUGUCAUUCUGCUUGUUCAUUUCCACAGCCACAGGUAAAAGUAAAAGCUAAGCACUGCUCCGACAGCAGGAAUACAGUCUCACCUUGAGCUGCAAAUAUGCCAUUUUUAAUCAACUUUCACCUACAGAAGAUGUGCCAGAUCCAGGUGUUUCCGCCUACUGCGAAGCUGUUGGGUCCUUCCAGGGACUGGCAGGAGUCCCCAGAGCAUGGCAGGCACAUGCAUCCCGCAUGACACUUGAGCACCACAUUCCCUGUGCUGAAGGGGAAGCGGAGGAUUAAUGUUCGCUGUGCAUCCUACCAUGAGGAGGAGUGCUGCACAGCACUACUCAGGUCUUGAGAAUUUGGAAAAAUCAAGCUUAAAACCUUUGCACUAAGCAUGAGAUGUCACUGAAAACUCAGCCCUUGGUGGCUGAGAAGCAAGAGCAGCGGCAGGCCUGCUCCAAGGUGGCAGUCAGAAAUACAUGCUUGCAUUUGAAACUUUAAACAAAGACUGAUGAAUUACUAUUUUCUAAGCACUAGCUUCUGAGUUUUAUUAAUGCACUAAAGCAGCUUUGGGCAGAGUAACUUUUUCUAAAAAAUGAGAAGAAAUAUUGUUUUUUUUCAAGUUAGUCAAGUAAUUCAGGUAAUGAAUAGUUUGAUUUUGGACACUGGGUUUUAAGAAUGAGUAAAUAUCAUCCUUUUGCACUUUUUAUUGUUUGUAUGGAAAAAAAAAAUACCUUUCAUGUUUUUUCAUUUCCCAGUGAAUCAUCAGUUCACUACCUAUGAGCAGUGUUUCUUCACUUAGGUUGCAAAAUAUGCUUUGAGAAAUGACUUGUUCUCCAUGGGAAUCCUGACUAUCUCACUGUAUUUUUUCUAGCUUCAAAAAUAUUAUUGUGCAGUUUUCAUAGAUACAGCUAAAUAAAGAUGGCAAGGAAGAAUCUAAGUCAUUAGAUAAGUGUGUUGACCACUUUUUUUUUCCUAAGUAAAAAUUAAGAACAUGAAGAACUAUGAAGGUGAAAUAUCAAGAACAAAGUCAAUUCAUUGCUGAAUUAAAUAUUUAUAGAACACCUCGAUUAGUAAAAAGCAGUGAUCUUUGUUAAAGUUACAUUUAGUAGCAAACUGCUGUGUUGUAGUAAAUGUCAUAAUUGAGAAAGCAGUUUUUCUUCAGAAAAAGCACAAAUGGAAAACAAGAUCAAAAAUAGAUCAUUUAAACAAGGUUUUCUCUUGUGUUUAAGCCCAUGCUGCCUGGUACAUUACUGUUGUGCAUCCAGACGUGCUCAGGACAAUACACACUCCUCAUGGGGAGCAGCUAGUUUCCAAAGUGUAAACUGAAAUAAAAGCAAAAGUGAGCAAACUCAUAAUUUUCUAAACACUAGCUCAGCUAUUGCCCAAAAAUUGCCCAGCUAUUGCGCUGCUGAACUAGAAUUUGAAUCACAUUUUCAUCCCGCUCACACACCACAGGCAAAGCCAGGUUGCUCUUGGCUUGUGCGUUUGUCUUACAGGGCUUACACGUGUAAAUAAGCCUCAGAGCAGGGUAGGCCAGUUCUCACAUGGACACGGUUCAACUGGAAUCUCUGGAUAUCCCCAAAUUUAUGAUACUUAUAUUACAGAACCAAUAGUCUUUGAAUUUAAAACUACUUAAUCCCCUUAAAAUUAUCCCAAAAAAGAAGCUGAUAUUUUAUUUGGGAAAUGCCAUUCAGGGACUGUUAGCUCCCAAGCUGUGUGCUUAACUGCUCUCCUGUAGCUUUGUCACAUUUUUGUUGGAUACAGAUGGCAAUUAAACCGCAUAGCAAAGAACAUUCCUUUGAUCUUUGUCAGUGAAUGUAUACACGCAAACUAUGCAUUUUUAUACAGCUGCAUACUGUAUCUUGAAUCAACCCCAACCUUUUCCCCCAGGUUAGCAACCCCCAAACUUGAAGAGCUGAAGGUGCUCCUUCAGCAGAUAUUUGUCUCCUGUAUUGUUUCAGCUCUCCAAAGACGUGAGAUGCGGGACGGAGGUGGGCUGAGCUGUAGGGCCCCAGGAGCUGUGGCUGAGGCAGGGUCCUGGCAUGCUCUGGGUGACCAGUUUGGGUUCUUGGGCCCAGCAUGGGCAAGCAGAGGGACAGGCCCAGCCAGAGCUGCUGCUUCUGUUCUGGCACCUCUUGCCCUUCUUUCUGCUCAGUGUCUCACAUGCUUGGGCAGCAGAGCAGGACCAGCAGCUUCCUUUCACACAGGCUCAGUCAGAGUUUGCAGCAGCACCAGAACAAGCUAUGCCAAGGAAGAGGCCACUGCAAACUGGGCUUAUGGCCACAAUCCUCCCCCUUGGGACAGCCUUCUGAGCCACCUCUUGCAGCACACACUGAGGAGGCAUGGCUGGCUCCUAGGGGUUGUGGUCUGGGGCACAGGCCUGCUGCCUCCAGGGACACAGUGCUCCGAUCACUCAGUCCUUGACUGGGCUUUGGGGAUGGGAUGUGUGAGAAAUGAAGGAUCAGACCUUGCUUUUAGUGUACCAUCUGUUAGGAGGGAAUAGGGAAGAUGCAAAAUGGAUGUCUUGCUCUUGUAGCUGGUGUAAUUAGAGGAAGGAAAAAGGUACUGCGUGCAACAUUCACACUUAAAUUUUGGGUUGUUGCUGUAAUGCGUAUUAGCCCAGUCUGGUCAGCCAAUGAAGUGUGUUUCUUAACAGUUUAUCCUGCAGGAAGAGAGACCAAAAAAAAAAAAAAAAAAAGAAGGAUUAAGAAUAUCCUUGCUUUAGAGUAAAACAAGCCUAGAAUCAACAACAAAGAAAGGUUUUGUUAACAUGUGAACUAUUUAAAUACCUGAUGACAGUACGAAGGCGGUAGUAUUCUUGUCUAUCUAGAGAUGUGCACUCAUCUAGGUUGUGUUUAACUGAAAAAUAUUUUAACAGUAUGUAUCUGAUGAGCUAAGGCCUUGAAUUAUAUAUUCUUUACAAGAAUUAGUGUGGAAGUUAAUGUUUUCCCAUUAAUUGAGCUACCUGACCAUGCUAGCUGUCCCUUUGUGUAAUAUUUCCACUACUCCAGAGUGUUUAGGGUUGUUGGGUUUUUUGCUUGUUUGUUUGUUUUUUAAACACUGUUCUUUUUUAAAAAUCUGCAGUGCUUUUUUGUAUGUUGGUCGACAGAAAACCACGUCCCUUCCCAGGGCCUCUCCCACGGCAUCCGCAGAACCCAGUGACUUGAGCAAAACGCUUGAGGGCAGGUGCUGAGCAGUGGUGUCUGCCAUAGCUGUGACCGUGCUCCCAGCCCUAGGGGGUGAGGUAGGGGUGCUCAGUGGGGUACAGGCGGCUCUGGUGGGUCUCUGGUGCCAGGAUGCAGUCUGGAACAGCACCAGAAGGACACUGCUGCAUUGCUCUGCGGGCCACAGCAGGCCCUGGGGCCUGGCCUAUGCCCUGGAACCACAGCUCUGGCUGCGGCCCUCAGGCCCUCACUGUCGCUCCCUGUCACAGAGUUAACUUUUUAAACUGAGAAAGAGCUUCCAACUCUGGCACUAAUGGAAAUACUGAAUGCUUUUAAUAUAUCUAUAUAUAUAUAUAUUUGGAAAGUAUUUGGGAAAAAAAAAGUGUUUUGUCUUUUUUUACACAACUUUUAGCCAAAUGAAAGUACUCUGAUUCUUACUUGUGUGGAUGCCUGUCCACCUGUAAAUAAACUCAUCUAUUCAGGUACAUAAACCUGAAGAAAAAACAAAGACUGUUGACUGGCUAUGCGCUUUGCUAGCCCUUGGCUUCUUUGUACAUAAGAGGUAACUGUUUAAAUGGUGGGUGGGGGGUUUAUUUAAUUGCUGUUCCUCUAAAGAAAGAAGAAGAAGAAAAAAAAGCUUUUGACUUUGUUUUGUCUUUUCUGAGUUAAUACAAAGAUUUUUCUAACUUUUUACUGCAGAAAUGGAUAAAUACCUGGUGCUAUAUGAAUUUGAGUCAAACUGGCCAUAGCAGACACACCAGUUAGAAUGCACUUUUCCUAUGGCACACAAUGUAUUUUCUCAGAAGGGGCUUUCAAAGGACCAUCAAAUGUUUACAUUUCUUCUUACUGCCCCGAUAGUUUUGGAUAUUGAAAUAACUCCCAAAACCAGAGGAAGUCACUAUCCAUUACUGAUCCAUUGAGGACAAAUCCUUACAUUUAGGUAUCUAUAACAGGUUUGUACAAACGCCAUUUUAGAGAUAGUCGCAAUAUUGGGCUUUCAUACUUCGUAAUGCUUUGAUGUGACAAUAAAUAUGCUGUUGCUAACUAGUCUAACCUCAUUGUAGGCCUGUAACUUCCUGUUUAUGGUUAUGUCAUGAGUUGCACUGGCUUGAAUUCAGCCAAAUACGGACUGUUCAGCUGAACUAUUCCGACUGUUACGAUGUCCACAAAACAUUAAUGAAAUGCACUUGUACCUGACUACCGCGGAGUAUGUCAAAUUACCCAUGUAAUAAAACCCUUGUGUACAA